ACUAAAAUUCCCGCUCCCUCAUUUUCAAAAUGUUUCUUGUGGCAUGUACAGGCUAAUGGAAUCAGAUCUCUCCAUCAUCGAAAUCGCUGGCGAAGACGAUUCGCUUCUGCAACAGAGUCCGGCCAAUGAAAUUGCGGCCGUCAACACCAGCAAUUACUUCUCCUGCUCCCCUCUCCAGAUUUUCAGACCUCAGCGAUCUGCGGAAGCUUCUCGCCUCCGUCCCACCGAGGAUUUGAAGAGUAAUUGGGAUGCAGAUAAACCUACUUGUUCAUCACCCGGAGAUGGGUCCAACAAAGAGAAUGUAAAUGAGAACAAAUUUGGAGUUCCAAAACUUCGUGUAGAACCACAGCAAAUGAAGAAGAGGAAAAAGGGGGGAGGAUACAACUUGCGUCAAAGCUUAGCAUGGGACCGAGCUUUCUUUACAGAAGAAGGUGUUUUGAAUCCCUUAGAGUUAUCUGUGGUUAGUGGAAAUUUUGAUAAGUUUAGUGGGGAGGCGUUGUCGGUUAUCAAUGAAGAAGUGACAAAGUCUGUGUCUGAUGAUCUGGACUACCCCAAUGAUUCAGAAGAGUUGCAAGCACUUGAAGGAAAAUUAUUCAAAGAAUUACCAGUAAGUACGUCAAAUGGAGGUAAAAGCAUUGGUGGUUGUACCCAGCCAAAGCAAGAUUCAUCCACUUGUGACAAUGAAGCUCCUGCUCGUGCGGUUAGGAGGAAGGUGCUUUCAGUCCAUGACGCCAAUAGAAGUGGGUCUAAGCGUGGUGGUUUUUCUCGGCCAUUGUCAUCAGCUUCUCAGAAAAGGCAAGCAAAUGCAAAUACAAAAGUCGUAUCAAGAGAUGCAAAGCUUCCUAAAAUACCAGUUUCAAAGCCAGCUCCCUGUUUGCUUAACACGACUACUAAAAGUGCGUCACUGAGCACAAGUCACUUGAAGCGUAAUCAUAUUGCUCAGCCCGGAUCUACUGUUCCAAAAAGUGCUGGAUUAAAAGGCUCCUCAAGUAAAUCCAUAAGUGCCCAAAAUAAUGCAAAACUUCGUCCUGAUUGCGCAUCUUUUUCUGUUAAAUCUUCUGUUCUGCAUGCUAGGAGAAAUGUGGUGCCAACUCCACAGGCUAACCCACCUUUGGAAAUAAAUUCAUCAGGCAAUUUGCAGCCUCAGUCAGUUACCAAAGUCAAUAGUAGUUUAAAGGUGAUUCCAGAUAUAAAACUUCCAGCUGUUUCAGCCAACAGAGAGCAUUCAUCAAUUGCAGGCUACAGUGGAUCCAACAAAACUGCAGUUUCUCUCCCUCAAAAUGCUCGACACAUUGGUGGGAAUCUGCAAUAUGCUCAACCCCAGACAACAAAACCAUCAGGUUUGCGGAUGCCAUCACCAUCACUGGGAUUAUUUAGUCAGCCAAAAGCUUCUGCAUCACAGAGAAAUCAAAUAUGCAACCUUCUGAAGUCCAGUGUUCCUAACUAUCAGAAAUUUCAUGGCUCAAAUUCCAUUCAUGCACCAAGGCCCCUUCAUGAAUCAGGGAAAAUUUCCAGGGUGGUCAAUGACAUCCAAACUGGAAAUAUUACAGCCUUAACCUUGAGUGCAAGAUGCUCCAUUUCAUCCGCUGCUAAACCUGUUUUGCCAGAAACUGUGAAGUUGAAUGUUGAAGUAGAUAAUUUCAACGAGUCAGAACUGAAGUUCCCGUGUGCUCCUAAGAGCUCUGAAGUGGUAAAGAACAGCAUUCUUGAUUGUGUCGACAAAAAGUAUCAUGAACAUGCAGAACCACAGAACUUUGAGAUCCCAUGCAAGGAGGAUUCUGAAUUGCAGAUUAAUGACCAUAAAUUGCUUUUACAAAGUGCAUCCUCCAAAAUGGAAAAUUCCCAUACUUCAUCCCAACAGAACCUUGCGGUGCAAGUUAAAGGUGUUUGUGGAACAGAUGGUAUUACUGAGCACCAAUUUGUAGAAGAAAAACAAGACAAUAUGUCAGUUACAAAUCAGCAUGACACUUCUGAAUCAGAGUCCAGAGAUACCAUUAAUUGUAGUAAACCUAGUACUUCAGUAGUGAGUGAUGGUCAGUUAGUCAAUAUGUUUGAUGCUAGAGAACAAUCUGGGGAACAAGUCAAUCUUACAAAGUGUUGCACCCAUGAGCCUGAUCUAAUUUCUCUUGUAGAGAAUAAAAAACAAAGGGCUAAUGAUGACAUUUUAUUCAAGAAGAGUUUUUUUGAAGAGUCACGGAAUUAUGUUAAUGGGAAUAUUGUGGAUCCAAAGGUCCAAGACUCUAGUACAAGCACAUUGGAAAGUUGUCAACAUCCAUCUCAAUGCACAAAGAAAUCAGGCAAAGGUGCUAUUGGGGCGGAUGAGAUAAUCAACAAAUCACAUGAACAAGAUGCACUGAUGCCGUGCUCAAAUGGGAAUCUAUUAGUUGAAAGCUGCAGAAAGAACCUGAGUACUUGUAGUCGAUAUUUGAUGAUUGCUGAUGAUAUACAUGAACAAUCUGGAGAACAAGAGCCUCAAAAUCCUAUAGUUGAGCUGUCCCAUGCAGAGGAUGCACCAGCAGUUUCUGUAGAGAUCAAGCCAUCAUUUGAAGAUUACAAGUGUGUUAUUGAUACACCAUUAAUGCAUGAAGUUAAGUUCAAUGGUGAAGUCACUUCUAUGGAAUUUGAUUCAUCUUUGAGGGUAAGCAAUGAUCAAACUACAUUUGAAGUAACUACCCUCAAUUCUAUCAUCACCAAUUUUCAUCCAGAAAGUAGAGACUCAAGUGGGAGUGAAUUAGAAGAUCCUCAUUCUACAUCCCUAUUUAGCCCUGCAGUGCAUGUUGAAAGUGUUUGUGGGACAGAAAAGAUGGUUGAGUACCAACACACGGAGGAAACAGAAUAUAAAUCACCAGUUAAGAAUCAAGCUGUCAUUACAAAGGCACAAUGUGGAGAUACCAUUGAUGGUAGUAACCAAGUUGCUUCAGUGUUGCAGAAUAAUUGGUUGAGCUGCAUGCAUGUUGUCAAUGAACCUUCUGAAGAACAGGCCCAGCUGAUAAAGUGUUGCACCUCUGAGGCUGAUCAGAUUUCUAACAAUGAAAAUCAGAAGCUACAGACAGAAGAUAGCACUUCAUCUGAGUCAUCUCAGAAAUAUGAUAGGUGUGUCACAGAUGUUGGUCCAAAAAUCUGUGGUUACAAUGGAAGUGAACUUGAAAGUUCUGAUGGUCCUUCUCAACUUAAAUACAUAGUUCAAGGGGAAGAAGAGGGUUCUAGAAUAGAUAGCACAACUAAGAAAUUAAAUGAGGGGGAUGCAGGAGGGCAUUCCAUAGAUAGUGAUCUAUUAGUUAAAAGGUGCAGAAGUAACCUCAGUUCAGCAGUGCAAAAUCUAUAUGUUGUGGGUUCUGAUCUUAUAAAUGAACAAUCUGGAGAGCAAGUAAAACUUCAAAUUCCCUGCCUUGUAGUCGAACAAAGUUCCCAAGAUAUACAUGGAUUACGUCCGAAUAAUUACUCAUCACUUUCGAAUGGCACCUCUUCCAAUGAGUCUUGGGAAGAAAAUGUCUCUGAAAGUUCUGAUUAUGUUGUUCCAGAACAAAGUCAUCUGCAGGAAAGUGUAUUAGAGAUUUCCACUACUGUUGUUCAGCUACCACUUGGAAUACCUGAUGGUUUUGAUGUUGGCAAGAUGGCCAAAAACUUGAAUGCAGAGGAAGCACUGCCAGAUUCUGGAGAUUUCAAGUCCUCACUUGAAGGCCAUGAAUAUCCUACUGAUACACAGUUCAGGCCUGGCAUAGAGCUCAACAGUCAAGCCACUUCUUUGGAAUCUGAUUCAUCUCUGAAGCAGGGCAAGGAACAGUCUACAGAUGCAGUUACUAAUUGCAGUUUUCAAGUAUUUCAUUCUUCAAGCAAUGAAUCAGGUUUAUCACUUCAACAUGUUCAAUCAUUGCCGAGUGGAAGUAUUCAACAUUGUAUGGAGCUCAAUGGAUUGAAGAGCUGUACCUUGCUGGAGGAAGCAGCAACUAAAAUCUGUCAAGACAGUAACAGUGCCAGCAGUAAACUACAGCAUCAGUUGGAUGAUACUAUGUGCUCCACAGAAAACAAGAAGUCUGAGAAUGAUAUGAAAAGAGAUGCUCCUGUAAAAAAGCCUCCACUUGGUGCUGUUCCAUUCUCGGAUGAAUGGUUAACUGCUAUUGAAGCUGCGGGAGAGGAAAUUUUAACAUUGAAGUCUGGUGCCGUACAAAAUUCACCCCCUGACAAGUCUCAGCCUGAACCAAGUCCAUGGUCCCCGGUGAGGAAGAAGGUUAAUCAAGAGAUAGGACCGUUUGACUGUACAAAAAAGCUCACCAGCAUUCCACCAGCUAAUUCCAAUUGACUGGACUAGGAUUUCAGCCUAACCAUUCUUUUAGUAAUUGACAAAUGUUAACCGCUCUUGAAACUAUGUACCACUUCUCUCGAAGUAACUCUUUUAACUGUAAAAUUUGCAUGGCCGAUCCUCCGGCCCUUAAACUGAUAAUUGAGAAAAAAGGGAAAGCAAACUGUGCUCUACUUUCUAAGUAAUCAUCGGGCAGCUUGACUGCCUGAGGAUGGCGAUGUUUGUAGUGAUGGAUGCACUUCGUGGGGCAGUAAUCUAGACUUAGGCUGACACGUUAUGGUAGUCUAGGCCAGAUUUAUCAGAUUUAACAGUAUCAUCUGGGCUUUCAUGCCCAUUUCCGGACCCAACAAUAGCUCCUCUGGGUAAAGACGGGACCUAUGCUGACUCACUACGUAAGUUUCUGGGCCGGGCUCGCCUUCAACAUACUGAUCAAGCCCAUGCUUGGAUCAAAAUUUGCUUUCAUGCAUGCUGACACACAAUUGAGCAGGAGUUCAACCCCAAAAGCAUUUGAAGUCCGAGACUGAGGAAUAACCCAGUCUUGAAUUAUAUUGGAUAGCUGUAGGGGGAAUCUAAUUAGUAGUUGUGGAAAGGGCAGAAGAUACUUUGUAUACAGAUUCAUGAGAGUUUCUGAGUGCUCGAGCAUUCAAUCAAUAUUAGAUUGGCUGUAUAAUUUUAUAUAAAAUAGAAAAGUGCAAAAAGAAAUUCUUUCUUUUCGGUAAUCCCUAGUCAACGAUAGACUGUCUCCCGAUUGUCUCUGUG